CGAAUAAGAAAGGAAGUACGUGUAUGAUAUGUAUUUGUUAAAAUAAUAAAUGACUUAAAAGGAAAUGUUAUAAAUUGUUCAAUAAGAGGACGACAAGUUUAGACAAUUAAAAAAACUUGGUACGUGUUAAAUCUAAUAGUAAAUGAUAAUGCUGCGUCAAAUUAUAUUGUUGCUGCUGUUAAUAUUAAACCGGAGUUUUUGUGAUGAUUAUUAUGAACUACUGGGGCUGAAAAGGACGGCUAAUGAAAAAGAAAUAAGACAAGCUUUUAAAAGAAUAGCUGUCAAUUCUCAUCCUGAUAAAAAUCCUGAUGAUCCAGAAGCUCAUUCAAAAUUUUUAAAAUAUACAACAGCAUACGAAGUGCUAAAAGAUCCAGAAUUAAGAAAAAAAUAUGAUUUAUACGGUGAAGAAGGCCUCAACAAUGAUCAAUUUCAACGACAAAAUUAUCACUCUUGGAGUUAUUACCAAGAAAAUUUUGGAAUUUACGACGACGACCCACAAGUUGUGACGUUGAACACUAAUGACUUUGAUGACAACGUGGUGAAUAGUGAAAAAAUCUGGAUGAUUAAUUUUUACUCGCCAAUGUGUAGUCACUGUCAUCACUUGGCUCCAGAUUGGCGAAGAAUUGCCAAAGAUUUUGAAGGUAUUAUUCGUGUUGGUGCUGUCAAUUGUGAAGAUGACUGGAGAUUGUGCCGAAGACUUAAUAUUCAAGCUUAUCCUACAUUAUUGUAUUAUCCUAAGAAUUCUCAACAUGGAACGAGAUAUGGUUACCAAAAAACUUAUGAAAAAUUAUCAGAGUUUAUUAUGGAGAGACUGGACGUGAGUGUCCAAACGUUAUCAGCUUCCAAGUGGAAACAAUUGAUUAAAUUACUAGACAGUAAAAAUAAUGAUUACUACAAAAAUGAUAAACCAUUGUUGGUAUUUACAUGCGGUAAAAAUCGCAAUUGUUUUGAUUAUGAUGACCAGUUGAAGAUAACUGCUAUGUUAGAAAAUAUUAUCGACACAGGUAUUGUUGAUUGUAAUAAUAAUUGUGAUAAAUUAAUGUCAACUACUGGAGCAGUAUUUAUAAAUAAUAUAAAAAAUAAUGAUAAAAAAAAUUUUAUACUCUUUAAUGAUUUAAGUAAUAUUGAUGAAUUUGUACAUGAUAUUUUGGAUGAAUUACCGGAGCCUCAAGAAAUUUCUCAGGAUUAUUUUAAUGAUAUUAAAAAAAAAUUAGAAGAAAAUGAAGAUGAAAAUGGAUGGUUGGUGUGUUUUUACAUCGGACAUGCUACUGAUUUAGAUUUACAAUUGAAGAAACUCCCGAGUAUAAUUACCGAUGUUAAUUUAGGAAAACUAAAUUGCGGAAAAUACAGCUCGCUAUGCUCUAAUCUUAACAUUAAUAGGUAUCCAAUGUGGGGAGUUUUGAAGUCCGGAGGAGCUUUUGAAUUAAGUCAUGGUAAAACUACUCUUAAUGACGUCGCCAAGUUUGCUGAGAACAGUAUCAAAGCUCAGAAUGUCGCUGCACUAAGUGCUGAAAAAAUUAUUUCUAUUCUUAAGAGGAAAAAUGGUAAAGAAGUUUGGUUUUUGGAUUGGUACGCGCCAUGGUGUCCACCAUGCAUGCAAUUUUUGCCAGAACUCCGUAAAGCUUCGAUGCAAUUUAAAAAAUCAGUCGUACAAUUCGGUACUAUUGACUGUACAGCUCAUGCUGAGAUCUGUAGACAGUACAACAUACGUUCAUACCCAACGGCAAUGUUGAUAAACGGUACCACGACGACACAGUUCACUAAUCAAAAGACUGCCGCCGGGAUAAUUGAGUUUCUUAAUGAAGUUGUUAAUCCUACUGUGAUAAAAUUGAAUAGAAAUAAUUUUUAUCAAACCGUGGGUAAGAAAGAUGACGAAACACUGUGGGUAAUUGACUACUUUGCACCUUGGUGUGGACCCUGUCAACAACUAGCUCCUGAGUGGACGAUUGUUGCCAAGAAUUUGCAUUUAUUAGAUAAUGUCAAGGUCGCAAGUGUUGACUGUGAUGCUAAUGGAGAACUAUGCCGCGAACUGGGUGUGCGUAGCUAUCCUACUAUCAGGCUUUAUCCAUUUGGUAGCAUUGGAUUAAAUAGAGUUGCGAUGUUUAAUGGCCAACGAGAUUCAACAUCGCUAAUGCAAUGGAUCACAAGCUUCUUCCCCACGAGAAUAAAGACUUUUGACGAGGAAAAAUUGCGCAAGAAAAUAUUCGAAAGCAAGAGCAAAAGUAAAAACAAGAAAGACUACUGGCUGAUUGACUUUUACGCGCCUUGGUGUGGCCAUUGCCAAAAAUUAGAGCCUCAGUUCGCUAUAGCUGCCCAGUUGCUCCGCAACAAUUCCGUCGGGUUCGGAAAGUUCAACUGCGAUACUUUCGGUGCUGAGUGCAAUCAACUCGGGAUCCAAGCCUAUCCGACUUUGAUGCUCUACACUUCUAAAAAUAAACGGAGUGGCAUUGAAAUUACCUCCCAAAGCGCUCAGGAUAUUAAAAAUCGUAUUUUAAAUUUGAUAAAUAAAAAUUCUAAACUACAUGAUGAACUGUAGGAUAGUUUUUUAUAAUUUAUAAUAAACACAAUUAUUAC